AUGAGUAACAUUUUACUUCAAUUCACUGAUCAUACCAUUGAAUACCAACCCUCAACAAAUAAGCCUUUAUAUGUUUUGUACCAUAUCAAAUGUUCAUAUCGGACCAACCACAACUCAACCAUCUCGUCUUAUCCCACACGAGCAAAUCAGGAGAGUUAUACAGUUAUUAAGAGGUAUUCCGAGUUGUUAGAAUUGCAUAAAAAGAUAAUGAAACAGCUCGGAAAGAGAUCAUCAUCAUCAAGUAACAGUCCGAGAAAGGAAAAACAUGGCUCUUCUCCAUCAGCAACAUUGCAAGAGGAGGGAAUUAAAUUUCCAGGAAAACUUUUAUUUGGAAAUUUCAAGGACGAAAACAUUACCAAGAGAAAAGAAGAAUUACAAAAGUAUUUUGAUUCUAUUACUUCAAAUCCAAUGAUCACACAAGACCCAUUAUGUAGUCAAAUAAUUUAUGCCUUCUUCAGAAGAAAUUUACAACGAGUUUCACCAAAUGUUGUUUUUGGAGAAUACUAUGAAAAAAUUGUUGAAAAGGUUAAGAAAUUGGCAAUCCCAUUUGGCCCAAUAAGUGAAAAUGAGAUGAAUGCCAUCAUGACUCUCACAAGUCAAGUCUCAAAAGGUUAUUCUGAUUCUGUAUUUCAAAAUAUUGAUCAAAUUAAGGGCUUGGAACAUUUUCUUGGAAACAGUUUGGACAACACUCCCUCAAAAAGUGAUGAAGACGAUUUGGAUGAUUUGUAUUUAAUUGUGAAUAGCUCUCCAAAAGAUUCAUUUGAUGAUGAAGAAAAGGGGAAAACAACUAUUAAGAACAAAAAAAAGAUGGCACCCGAGCCCAAGUCCAUGUGGUUCAACAUGCCAAUCGAAAACUCUAUCACUCCGUCAUCAUCAAAUGAAUCUCUUAAUGGAUCAUCGCCAAGAAAUACUCCAAUAUUUUCAAACGUAGGGUCAAUAUUCUCAAUGGAUUGGAAUUCAGUUAUUGCUGAUUUGUGUCAAGCCAUGAAUAAUUACAACAAAGCUGUUCAAUAUCCAAGAAUGAUGAUGUACAAAGAGUGUUGUGAAAUUUAUGAAAAACUGAGACAAGAAAGAGAGUUGGCCUUGAUAUUAAUCUUUAACAAGAUGCAAAAACUCUUCUCUCAAAAGAAUCAAAAGUUUCCAGAGCAAAGCAAAGCUUGUAAAAAUUGUCUCUCAGCGCUGGCCCAAAAUUGUGUCGAUAUGACAUUGACGUUUGAAGAAAUUUCAGAAAGCUUUGCCCUUUUGAAAAAAUACUUUUCUGAGUUAGCCACCAAGAAUCCAGCCACUCAACGUAAAGACUUUACUGACAAUUUAGAAAGUCUGAAAGAAAUUUUGCAAAUUCUGCUCGAACAAGUGAAAAAAGGUCAACAAAAAAUCACAACAUUGCGACAAAUCUUAAAAACACUCUUUGUGGUGUUUGAUGACUUUUCCACACGAAAGUUGAGUGCAUUUUCGCAGAGCCAAAAUUCUCAAACUUCCAAUGCUUCAACCACUUCAAGCAAUGCUACUGGAGAUAAUGACAUGGACGAACCUUUUCCAGUUUCAUCAGAAGAUUCCAACUCAUACAAUGUCUUGUGUAGAGAAUAUAUUGAAACCUAUUUAUUACCAUUUGCCUCCAUGGGAUAUGUUUCUGAACUGUCAUUCAUGGUUCCAGAUGCACUCAAAUACUUUAUCAUUUACAAUUGCUCUUUGAGAGAAAAGAGAAUUCGAAGAAUUUUAGCCAGCAGUCAAAAAUCAGAUUCAGAUUCUAAUCUCAUGGAUUCCCAAAUGAAACAAGCUAUGGAAAAAUUAUUUUCAGAGAAAAUUCCACAAACCGAUGAAACAAGAGACGCCAUUGCACGAGCUUUUCAAUCCGAAUUACAAAGUUUAGGAAAUUCAGAAAUUAUGGAUCCUGAAGUACUACUAUUCUGCAUUCCUGAACCUCUGCAUCGAACUUGUACAUUAUUUUCCAUGAGAUUCCUCAGUUGGGUGAAUCAACUUGAAGAAAUUGAAGGAUUUCAAUUUUGUAGACUUUUGCAUGUGCAGUACUCGCGAACGACACAACAAGAACUGGAGCAGUGGAAUCAUAUGGUUCACAUGUGCCGUAAAAUUCUUGACAUUUUAGAACAAGCUGUAUUGUGCUUUUCAGAACACUCACAAGACACAAUCACAACAGAUUUGAAAAUUUCAAUCACCUAUGAGACGAAAUCGAGAUUGGAUUUAAUUUCAAAACAAUUCUCUGGUUAUGCAGAAAGAUUACACUAUUACAAUAGUGAAUCAAAAAGAUUUCGAUUACUAUAA